GUCUGAGAACGAGUCCGAUUUAUUAAUUUAUUGUUCAGCGAAUACUGAAUAAAAAUAAAUAUACAACUACUUUUCGGUAAAUCAGUACAAUGGGUUACUCAAAAAUAAUUUUGACCGUCGCUCUGACAUUUUUGUUGCUGGUUCAUCCGUCAGUCCAGCAGUCAAAGCUCGUUGACUUCAGCGUUCUUGAUGUUUCGUCAAAGGCGUUGCUGAGAAUUGAACAUUUGCUGGCCGAAUUACUGGACAUUGUUUCCAAAGCGGUUCCAUUCCACGAACGUCAUAUCCAACUGCUGUCAAAACAAAUGGCGGCAAAUUCGAUUCCAAAAUCAGACCCGAAUAUUAAUAAUGGGCAGGAUGAACCAAGAGCGUCAGCUCUGGAUACAUCACGGAAAUCCUUUCUCUCUCGACUUCAUCAAUUAGAAAACAGUUUUGACAGCAAUGCUAAUACAAAUUUGAAUACGAACAUAAAUACCAACGCAAAUGUCCGUAAACAGAGACCAUUCCGUGCCGAUUAUCUCAAUGAAGACUUGAUGUGAAAAAUUUGAUAUAAUUGUUAUUAAUGUUAUUAUUAUUGUUAAUUAAUAAUAAUAAUGAUAAUUGUCAACUGCAUAAAGUGUAUGGUAAAAAUAAAUAAAGUUUGA